GGCUCAUGUCAACGUCGAGGCAGUCCAUCGGAGUCCGGCACGGCACUCGGACACGUAUACAAUAAAUAAUUAUGAGUGAUAUGAUUUUCCUUUGAGACUGACCCACACAUGACUCCGCACAGUGGUGACCCCGUGCCGUGUCGAUAAAUUAAAUAGUUACAAACAGUAAAAAUAAUAAUAAUAAUAUAAUACAAAAAAAAUGUCAUACGAAUCGGACAUUAAUAAAAGUGAAGUGGAGCAGAUUACGGUUACAUCGAGAAUAGCCGAGUUCUGGGAAGAUCAACCCAGGACGUGGUUCAUACAUGCAGAGUCAGUUCUUUUUAAUCAAAAAUUAUCGGACGACGCCAAGUACCAUCUCGUCAUUGCCAAACUGGGUAAAAACGUGGUCAGUCAAGUGACAGAUAUAUUAAUAAAGCCGCCGAAAGAAAAAAAAUAUGACACACUCAAGGCCAGACUUUUAGCAAUAUACGAGGAAUCGGAAAGCCGCCAGUUGCAGAAGCUCAUAGGGGAAAUGGAACUGGGCGAUCAGAAACCUUCGCAGCUGCUUCGUCGAAUGAAAGAUUUAGCCCGCGAUAAAAUCAGCGACGAAACCUUACUCCUUUUGUGGCAGAACCACCUACCAACCUCCGUCCGUGCAGUAUUAGUAGUGACGGAUAGCAAGGAUAUCAAUACCCUGGCUUCCGUAGCCGACAAGGUAAUGGAGACAACCAGGCCAAUCUCCAUAGGCGAGGUCAAUACGGCAGAUACAGCUACCUUAAUAUCGCAAAUAGCCAGAAUUAAUAUUCGCCUCGAUGAGAUCCAGUCGCAGAGGAAUGGCCAACGCAGAGAACGGUACAGAUACGGAUUCCGUGGGCGCUAUGCAAACAGAGCGCGAUCGAGUUCCCGUGGUCGCCGUAAUACGACACCCCAUCGCUCAGCAGCUCGUGACGAUUGGAUGUGCUUCUAUCACUACAGAUUCAAGGAGCAGGCGCAUAAAUGCGUGCCGCCGUGUGCGUGGGAGAAGAAGCAGAACCAGUCGGGAAACUAAAUGCCAUGCAGUCUGCGGCGGGGGACAGCUGCAUCGGAGCACGGGGGAGUGGUGUGCCGGCUCAUGUCAACGUCGAGGCAGUCCAUCGGAGUCCGGCACGGCACUCGGACACGUAUACAAUAAAUAAUUAUGAGUGAUAUGAUUUUCCUUUGAGACUGACCCACACAUAACUC